AAGAAAUAUACAUCAUGGGUUAGUCACCGCCGUUUGAUACUGGAUCUCUGUGACGUUGCCUGAUCACUUCCAAGUUUUCCAUUUUUUUUUUUACUUCACAAAGGCAUACCGUCUAGAUUAUAGUAUACUUAUUUGGAGUUAGAUGAUGUAAUGAGCACUAUGAAGCAUAGGAAACAAUUUGUCUGUCAACUUUUGGUUUGGAGAGUUUCUGUCAUUCUCUCACAAAACUGUACAAUUUCACCAUACGUUGAUGAAUGCGGAAACGCAGGACUACUUUGGAACUGUAGUGGAUUAGGUUUUAACAGAUUGCCAUCAGCGUUUCCUCCGGAGCUAAAGAAUCAGAAUGCUGCUUUGGAUCUCUCCUACAAUCGAUUUUCUUCUGUGACAGAGGAUACAUUUGACGAGAUAGCUUCCUAUUCCAAUGUGACUUCAGUAAUUCUCCAUCACAAUGAUAUUACUGAGAUUGGAAAUCUGGCAUUUCAUGAUUUGUCAAAUAUAUGCAGCUUAGACCUUUCUAGCUCUAAUCUUGAAAAAGAUAAAAUCGAUACCGAUGCGUUCUCUGCUAUUUCUAAACUCACAAUUCUGCGAAUAGAUCAGAAUAAUUUUCAUUACCAAGGUUACCCAGAUAUCUCAAUGUCCAAGCUUCAUUCAUUGCAAGUUUUGAAACUUGACGUUUUUAGAAAUUUUUCGUUCACAAAACUAUUUGAAGAACUUAAAAGUUUAUCAAAACUUGAAUUUAAUUGUAUCGGCAUUUUUAGCUUAACCAAUAGUUCGUUUUACGGACUCAGACUUUCCCCAAUCUAUAGCAUUGAUAUGAAUUUCUUUGGUCAUGUGAACCGUGACGUCACUGAAGAUCUAUUUUGCUCAUUUCCAUACAUUACUGAUGACGUCAUUUUGAAUUUUGGCGGAAAAUGCAACCUUUCUAUUGUCCUUCGAUCCCUAAAAUGCUUACAGCAUCGUGAAAUAAAUAAUAUUUCCAUAACACAUACCAGAGAUGUUAGCCGAAGUGAACUGAUUAUCUUCGAUGAUUGGUCAACAGAAUAUAUCAUAAACAUAUGCGUUAGUAAUCUCACGUUACGUCAUAAUGGCAUUUAUGGUAUUAAGAGAAAUAUAUACAAUACCAAGUUAUGGAAUUGUUUAGAAUACUUUGAUUUAAGUUACAAUAGAAUAGUUUUUAUAGAUUCUACAUCGGAUAUUGCUCUCUUAACUUUUCCAAGGAUUCGAGGAUUCAACCAGUGUUGUAAUGACCGUCGAGGAGAAUUAAUGUACAGUCCUUACAAUGCAUCACAACAGAAAUUUCGUUCUAUUACUAUAACUUUACCAAAUACACUAGAAGUGCUUGACCUUUCUGAAAAUUAUGUUCACAAUGCAAUAAAAAGGGGACCGUUUGUUAAAGUAAAAGCCAAAAACUUGUUAAAAUUUUAUUUACAGAACACCAAUGCCCCCCUCGUGUCUUGGAUUUUAGAAAUUCCGUCCUUAGAAACACUCGAUUUAUCUGAAAAUAGUUUUGAAAAUAUCAAUUCUGAAAUAUUUCAAGGCGUAAGGAAUCUUCGACAAUUGUAUGCGGUAAACGUUCGCCUUAAUUUUCAAAACAAUUUGAUUUCCGAAGGUUUGUUUAAAAAUCUGAAAUACCUAACAAAACUUGAUAUUUCGAAGAACAGUUUGACUUCUUUACCGAGGUGUCUAUUUAGAGACCAAAAGAACUCUUUAAAGGAAAUCUAUCUUGACAACAACAUGCUUUCUGUCCUACCAAAUUCUCUAAUGGAUUUAGAAGGGUUAUGCAUACUCUCUGCCCGGUACAACUUGAUUUCAAAAUUCUCCGAGAAUGAUCAAAACCUAUUUAAUGCAAUGAAAAAUUUAUCAAUUUAUCUAGAAGGAAAUCCGAUUUCUUGCGCAUGCUUUAACAUUCAGUCUUUGAAAUGGAUGAAAGAUCGUCAGCACAUGUUUCCUGAUCGUUUCAACGUUCUCUGUAUAGAGAGUAAAAAUCCUAUUGUUGAAUUAUUUGAAGACCAAACAUGGCGAAAAUUCGAACUAGAUUGUCAGUCAAAGGAAUGGCUUACAUUUUCUGCUGUAUUGCUAGUUUUGACAAUGUUAACAUUUGCCAUCACUGUUGCCAUUAAAAAAUACCGUGUCCAUUUAGAAUACGUAAUUCUAAGGCUAAAAAACAAAUGGAAAGGUAUACCUUUACGCAAACCUGACAACAAUUUUCUGUAUGAUGUUUAUGUAUCAUAUAGUGACCUGGACUAUUUGUGGGUCACAAAAACACUUUACCCAAUAUUAGAAAGUUUGAACGUAAAACCAUGCCUGGAUGAAGAUAUUUAUGGAGGCCGUACUAUAUUAGAAGGAAUUGUAAAUCGUAUCAACGAGUGCAGGAAAGUAUUGUUUGUCGUAAGUGAGAGUUUUUUGGACAUUGGACAAUCUUCCAUUGAGGUUCGAACAGCAAUUACCCAUGCUGUUCACAACCAAUUUCAAGGAUACAUUGUUGUUUUGAUAAAAGAUGGAUUUCCUCUUGAAAGGCUUCCAGACGAACUAAAAAACAUAUGGUGGUGCAUUGAAUAUUUCGGAUGGUCAGAGGAGGAACAAAACGAAGUUAUACUUAAGAAACUGACCGAUAUAUUCAAACCUGAGUGAACAUGUCUGUGGAUCAGUGCCCGGUAGUGAGCAUAC